AUGGCCGGCCAUGCACCCAGACCGAAUCAGGAGGAGCUUCCUCCGGGGACAGCAUAUAUCGAGUCCGGCCGAGACCAGCAUGUCGUCCGGUCUCCCGUCCCCUCAUCGGAUCCCAAUGAUCCGCUGAACUGGACGACCGGGCGGAAAGCGCUCCAGAUCACCAUCCUCUCCGUGUAUACGCUCAUGGUGUUUGCCAGCAACACCGUCUCCGUUCCACUCUACCAGGAUAUGAGCAAAGACCUCAACUACUCCGAAGAAAUCCUCGAUGCCAGCUAUGCCGCAAACUCCGCCGCACUGGCCUUCGGCUCCAUCAUCUUCGUCCCCUUUGCGAUGGUAUUUGGACGGCGUGUUGUGUACAUUGUGACGUCUUUGAUCGUCUUCGGUUGUAAUGUCUGGUCCGCUCGAACACAAGGACCGGCGGAGAUUAUUGCAUAUAACAUCUUGCUAGGCUUGGCUGGAGGGUCGAAUGAGUCGCUAUGGCAGAUGACGGUCACCGAUUUGUUCUUUGUCCACCAACGAGGCUCGAUCAACGCCAUAUACUUUGUGAUGGUGAUGGCUGGGAACUUCGUCGCCCCCGUUCCUUCGGGAUACAUAGCCCAAGCGUAUGGGUGGAGAUGGUCGUUCUGGGUCACGUCAAUCAUCGUUGGCACCGUCUCGCUCUGCAUGAUCUUAUUUCUGGAAGAAAGCAAGUACAUCCGCAGCGGAACAGACCCUACUGUGGCCUCGACCCCGUCGCAGCCACUCCAAGACCCCAUAAAAGAUUCGAAAACCGUGGCAACGGAAACAUCAAGCAGCGACUCCGUCGAGCUCAAUGAAAAGAUCCCACUUCGAUCUUACCGGCAGCGCCUCGCCUUAUUCAGCGCAGCAUCCGACUUCUCCGUCAAGUCUUUCUUGCCAUUGUUCUAUCGACCGUUCGUGGUCCUCUGGCGCUUUCCCGCUGUUCUACUCUCGGCCUCGGUCUAUGGUUUCUACAUUGCGGCCAUCAAUAUUCUUGGCGUUACUCAAACGACCCUGUACGCGCUCCCUCCUUACAAUUUCGGCACCCUUGGAGUGGCUACGAUGAAUGUGCCUCCGGCCAUCGGUGCCGUGCUGGGGUCCGCGUUUGGUGGCCCGCUGGUCGACAGAGCGAUUGUCGUUUUAGCGUCGCGAAAUCAGGGAGUUUAUCAGCCGGAAAUGCGGUUCUGGCUGGUUGCGGUGCCGAUAGCGAGCAUGCUCAUUGGCAUUCUCCUAUAUGGCCUCAGCAUUGCACAGGGCAUGCCGUGGAUCAUUAGCGCCGUCGGAGCGGGCUUCAUGGGAUUCGGGCUUGGGGGCGCCGGCGAUAUGGGCGUUACGUAUCUCCAAGACUCGUACUCCAAGAUCAUCGGGCUCGUGUUUGUCGGCGCCGCAUUCAUCGCCAAUAUGAUGAGCACCAUCUUCCUCUUCGCGUUGACUCCCUGGCAGGCGAGCUUGGGCACAUACUAUUUGUUUGUGACCCUUGGCUGCAUCUCACUCGCCAUAAGUCUGCUGACCGUGCCGUUGAUAUUUUACGGCAAGCGGUGGAGGACCAAAGGUGCCGAGAAGUACCAUAGAUUGGUGCUUGCGCAGACCGCUUCAGGUUGA